AUGGAUGAUGAUUCAGUCACCAGUGGACAAAUCUACGUAACCGAUGAUGCCUUGAGAUCCUUACUUUCUAGAAUAUCUGGUAGGGUACCAACCAUUCACCCAGCUGAUCAUGCACCUAUGCAAUACAAUGAGAUCGAGCCUGAAGAAGAAAUGGAUGAAGAACCUGAAGAUGAUCUAGAAGAGGAUCCAGAAGAAGAAAUGGAGGAGGAAUCUAAGGAAGAUCCUGAAGAAGAUAUGGAUGCGGAUGAUGAAAAUGAAGUGAUAAUCAGAAUCAUCCGCCUCACCUCCACCUGCUCCCAACUGCUAUUUCCUUGGAUUUUCUUGUCGCCGCCCCAUAAAAAACUGCUAGAAAUUCAGUUCCACACUGGAAAUAUGUUUCCAUGA